AUGGUGUUUCUUAGUGUAAUGAGUCUUACAUCGACAUUGCAGGCUGCCUCCUCCUUUGCCUCGCCAGAUGCUUCGGCUACCUGUUUGUUACAAGCCUCUCUGAAGCCUUCAGGGUUGGCAAAAGCAAAGCAAUUUCUUAAGCUUGAGUCUCCAGAGAACAGUUUGGUGCAUUGGGGUGCGGCAGGCGCUGGCUGUUCGUGUACAACCCCGUCGGCACAUUGUGGAUUCACCUUCCAGGAGUUGGCAAAUGCAGCUGUUAAUGGUGCCACAUGCCCUUCAGGAAUCAUUGCAUCAUCGUACGGUUCAUUAUUGUAUGUGCCUAGGAGUCCUCUGGUCUUGCCAAAGUAGAAACCAUCAAUGUAGAAGCCACAUGACUGGAGUUGGGAGGUACAGUAGAUUAUGAGGCCAGACCAAGAAGUGUAAGCUCCAGUACCUCCAGCAUAGUUCUUCCAAAUGUCCAGAUCUCCAACCUUGAGUGGUGUUUCUGCUGGUUUGCCAUUGAAUAACACCUGGUUAUAACAGAUUAAUAUACUUAGACUUGUGUGUUUACUUAUACGUUUAUAUUGAGAAAUUCUUAUAAAUGAGAGUUGCAUAUUGAGAUUAAAUGCAGCCAAUAAAUGGAAACCUCUAUUUAAUAUGUCAGAGCUUAAUCUAAAUUUUACUAAGGGUUUUAUUUUAUUUAGCUUUUUUACAAACGUUUAGCUAGUUCAUCCUCAAUCCUUCACUUAUCUUUUAUUUUAAUGAAAGAAGAAAGUAAGGAAGGAAGGAUUUUUAUUUUUGUCAGUGAGGAAGGAGCAAUUUCAAAUUCUUUAACACUGUUCAAUCUUUUUUUCUUUGGAUUAUCUUCAUCAACUUGUAGUAUCUGAAGCUCACAAAUUCCGCCACAAAAGAAAUCUUUGAUGUUCUGUAUGUCAUUGCACAAUCAAACAGUUUAUAAAAAUAGUGAUACAAAUACUCACUUUGUCAACAUUAACUUAUGACUGACUGAUAAGUGGAGAGAGAAAGGAAGAGGGAAGUAAGUGUUACAGAUUUCAUAUACAGAUGUACCUCUUAGUCAUUUGGGUUGAAAGUAUGGGAAAUUUGUUAUUUAUUUUAAGUUUCUUAUAUAGGUUUUUACACCUAAUAUAUAUGUUUUUAUUAUCCCAGUAAGAAAAACCUUCUUAAAUCGUAUAUACAGAUUUUAUUUUAUAACCCUUAUUCAAGACAAUGAAUAUAUUGUAUUUUGAAAUGGAAGUUUUUAUUAUUUAAAAAUUAAAGCAACUUUUCUUAUAAUAAGGAAGUUAACAUUUGCUUACCUUGCCAUCAUUAAGAAGUUCAACACUAUUGUCAGGGACAAAUAUACCUAAAGACUUAAGUUUUCCAUCUGCCAUGUUUGCAACUAAAGUGAAAUUUCCAUCGAUUACAUCAGUGCUGAGAAUGUAGCUGCAGCUCCCCUUGAAACUGUAAUGCUUCCC